AUGACAAAAAGUGAUUUAUUAUUUGAUAAAUUCAACGACAAACAUGGAAAGUUUCUAGUUUUUUUUGGUACCUUUGUAGAUACCCCUAAAUUAGGAGAGCUGAGAAUCAGAGAGAAAACAUCUGUUGGAGUUCUCAACGGAAUCAUCAGGUUUGUGAACAGAAAUUCACUCGAUCCUGUCAAAGAUUGUUUAGAUCACGAUAGUAGCUUAUCACCAGAGGAUGUCACGGUGGUUGACAUAAUUGGAAAAGACAAGACUCGAAAUAACAGCUUUUAUUUUCCAGGUUUUGUUGACACGCAUAACCAUGUCUCGCAAUAUCCAAAUGUCGGCGUAUUUGGGAAUUCUACCCUGCUGGAUUGGCUAGAGAAGUAUACCUUCCCCAUAGAAGCCGCACUAGCAAACGAAAAUAUUGCGAGAGAAGUUUACAAUAAGGUAAUAAGUAAGACGCUUUCUCACGGUACAACGACUGUGGCUUACUAUAAUACCAUUGAUCUCAAGUCCACUAAGCUCUUGGCUCAACUAAGCUCCUUAUUGGGGCAGCGUGUUCUUGUUGGAAAAGUGUGCAUGGAUACCAAUGGUCCCGAGUAUUAUAUUGAAGAUACUAAAACUUCCUUUGAAAGCACUGUGAAAGUUGUUAAGUACAUACGGGAAACCAUUUGUGAUCCCCUCGUAAAUCCUAUAGUGACACCAAGGUUCGCGCCCUCUUGUUCUAGAGAACUAAUGCAACAGUUGUCCAAGCUAGUCAAGGAUGAAAACAUACACGUUCAAACCCACUUGUCGGAAAAUAAGGAGGAGAUACAGUGGGUUCAAGAUUUAUUUCCCGAAUGUGAGAGCUAUACUGAUGUAUACGACAAAUAUGGGCUGCUCACAGAAAAAACAGUAUUGGCACAUUGUAUUCAUCUAACAGAUGCCGAAGCGCGUGUGAUUAAACAGCGUCGCUGUGGUAUAUCUCAUUGUCCCAUUUCCAACUCCUCUCUGACUUCUGGAGAGUGUAGGGUUCGAUGGUUGCUGGACCAGGGCAUAAAGGUUGGUCUAGGCACCGACGUUUCAGCCGGUCAUUCUUGUAGCAUACUCACCACCGGAAGGCAGGCCUUUGCAGUUUCAAGGCAUUUGGCAAUGAGAGAAACUGAUCAUGCAAAACUUUCAGUCUCCGAGUGCCUAUUUCUUGCUACAAUGGGCGGAGCACAAGUCUUGCGUAUGGAUGAGACCUUGGGGACUUUUGACGUCGGUAAGCAGUUUGACGCUCAAAUGAUCGAUACCAAUGCUCCCGGCUCAAACGUGGAUAUGUUUCAUUGGCAGCUAAAGGAGAAGGAUCAAAUGCAAGAGCAAGAGCAAGAGCAAGGGCAAGACCCUUAUAAGAACCCACCGCUGCUUACUAAUGAAGACAUAAUCGCAAAAUGGUUCUUUAACGGUGAUGAUCGCAACACCACUAAAGUUUGGGUAGCCGGCCAGCAAGUCUACCAGAUUUAG